GAGGAAAUGGGCAGCAGGCCGGUAGUGACAUCUCAUUGUGAUUGCACAGAAAAAUUCCUUCCUGCUCCCUGAUGAGACCACCCGUCUGCUUCAUCCCUUGCCAGCAAAGCCGGGAGCGAGGGAAAGGCUGAGCUCCAGCAGAGGAUGGUCUUCGGCUGCCACCUCCAGUGCUCUCUGCUGGCUUUUAUCCCUUACAGUUUGGUUUUCCAUGUUUGUGAGCUUCAAUCAGCCCCGUUCAGCGUCAAGGGACCCCCUAACCCUGUGGCCACGGCUGUUGGCCAGGACGUGGUGCUGCCCUGCCACGUCUCCCCGGAGCAGAACGUGCAGGACAUGGAGGUGACCUGGUUUCGGGAGCAAUUCACACCCUUCGUGCAUCGCUACAAGGGGGGCCAGGACCAGUACGGGGACCAGAUGGUUCAGUACCAAGGCCGCACAGAACUGCUGAAAGACGGCCUCACCAAUGGCAGCGUGGACUUGAGAAUUUUCCGUGUCCAGCUGUCUGACAAAGGGCUUUACACCUGCUUUGUCCACAGUGGUUCAGCGUACGACGAGGCUGUGGUGGAGCUGAAGGUGACAGCCGGCGGCUCUGCUCCACGCAUCGUGCUGGAGCGCUACCAGGACGGGGGCAUCCGUGUGGCGUGCCGCUCGGCCGGCUGGUUCCCACAGCCCCAGGUGCUGUGGCAGGACCCCCGUGGGCAGCACCUGCCCUCCCUCUCAGAAAACAUUACCCAGGACGAGAGCGGCCUCUUUGCAACAGAGAGCAUCCUCAUCCUCACCAGGAGUGCAAGCCAGGAGCUGGCCUGUGUGGUCAGACCUGCCCUGCAGAGCCAGGAGAAGGAGUCCUCUUUGUACAUAUCAGAUCCCUUUUUCCAAAAUGCCCAUCCUUGGAAAAUUGGCCUGGGUGUGGUCCUGGUUGCUGCGUUCACUCUCUUCAUCAUCGCCGUUUAUCUAUUUAGAAUGAAAGGACGGCAUGAGAAAAAAUAGCAAUGCAAGCAGCAGCACUGCGUAAGUCUCACUCCCUGUCUUCCCUGGUGAAAUCCUCUGCAAAAACUUGUUAUUCACCCUGUCGUUAUGUCCAAAUGUUCCUUUUAGCAAAGACUUUACUCCCCCAACCACCCAAUAAUAUGAAUAUUCAUUCU